CCUCCAAGACUUUAAACGACAGCAAUAAGUUUUACUACAAGACUAAGUUUUUCCUGAUUGUAUUAGUCAAAUGUGCUGUGACAUCACAUGGAUGUAAUAUAAGGCUCCUGAUGCAUUUGAGGGAGGACUGAUCAUCCCCAAACAACCAACAAAGAGCACUCUGUCAGUCCUGAGCGGUCCACUUGGCUACAACGCCUCACUGAGCACAAUGGGACAGACCCAGGACAAAGUGGAGGUGGAAGAACAGACCCUGGAGGAAGGGUCGGAGGAGUCGAAGCCMUGUCAUGACUUUGGAGAAGUGGACGGCCGUGAGGUCACAGAAGGAGAAUUUGAAGAGGAGGUCACGGAAGAGUCGGGAGAUCAAGAUACUCUGCAUCGGAAGCAAAGAUCCAGCACUGGACCGACAACAAGUUCUAGUGAGAGGCACAAACAAGUGUGGGAGAGUCGUUUCGCUGCAAGGGAGGUGAGACAGGGAGGGGCCGCAGAGGAGGAGGGCAGGAGCAUUUCACAUGGAGCGGACAACGAUCACAGAGGCAGCUCAGGAGCGGAGAGGCUGGAAAGAACACAGAAACUGUUUGACCAAAUCAACACAAGCCCAAGAAAAGCGGUGGAGCACCUGCAAGCACCUUCAGAAACCAAGAUGGAGCAUCACGCUGAGGACACCGUCCCACAAAAAGACGAAAGCUUCUUGGACGGCUCUGACCAGGAGUCUGGGAUGCUGAGGAGCAACACACACGGAGCUCAAACAGGAAGCGAGCCGCUGCCUGUUCCAGCUCUGAAUGAAGCCCAGAAGCAGGAUAUAAAGCCGAACGAAGGAACAGAAGGCUGCGUGAGUGAAAGGAAGGAACAGCCACCUCCACAUCCUUUAGAAAACAACCCAAAGAAGGAGUCUUUAUUAGACAUAAGUGCUUCCAUUCAGUGCAGAACUUCAAGAGAGAAAACUGAGAGCAAAACAGAAGAAACGCUAAAAGAUGUGGGAAAGUCUGUUUCGAACGAGAAACCAGAAGUCGCUGAUGCAGAUGAUCUGAGGGAGGCGGAUGGGCAGCAUCCACAGACGGCCUCCGCUGAAACAAACGAAGUCAUGCCCUCAGAUCCAGCAUCAAACACUGGCUUGCUCAUCGAGCCCAGCUCCAUUUUGGAGAAGCUACUAAAGAGAAACAAAACGGAGGCGACCCCGUCUUUGUUUAAAAUCAAAGAAGUUCAGGAUGCCUCGUAUGUUCCCGAGAGAGACGGCAGAUUCUCAGCAGCAAACCAGAAUGAUCAGUCUGGAAACGACAAGAAGCUGGUUACAGAAACUCAAGUAAAAGACAGAGGUUCUCAAACUUUGGAACAGGAAAUUAAAGAGACGGCCUCUGCUCAGAAGUUAACCUCAGAUUCACUUUGUUUUCAGCCUGCAGUGAAUGAUGUGUCUGAAAGCUCACUCAMAAAACCCCAUUCCUCAAGAGGUGAGGAGGGCGUCAAAGCAACAGACGCUUUAGUGAAUGUGGAGGUGAAGAGACGCCUAAAACCUUCUCAAAGUUUGCCUUUAAACAACUCACCAUCGGCUGUUCCACAUGAAAGAACAUCAUGUGAGGUAAGCGGCGUGAUCUUCAAGGAAUCUGCGCUCCAUUCAGAGUCUCACGCUGAGCUGCUGCCUGCAAAAAGCCACGGGCAAACCGGAGGGUCGUCCCAGAUUCCCCCUGAGGAGUCUGACAUCAAAAGCCAAACCACUGGCUCAGACAGGGCGGAUCACAAAUCGGGAAGCGGACAGGUGUUGAAGGAGGGCUGUGAUGACACUGCUGCACCAGCUGGGGAUGCUGGUGYAGUUCUCACACAGGGGAGCCACCAGGUCUCAGGCAGCAUGAAGCAGGAGCUGAACUCAGAGAACACACCGCCAAGCCAAAGCAAGAAAAACCCCCGCAAGGAGAGCGAUGGCAGCGUUGCACUGAGAGACAAAUCUGAGGGMACUCCAAAAUCCAGGCCCGUUUCCGAGCUCAUAAAGGAGACGAUUCAGCUGCACGAAAAGCUGCAGCACCACGACCGGCCCAAACCAGCAGAGGUCAAGUGUGAGGAGCAGGGUCAGUCUGUGAAGGUGGCCCAGAUGAAGGCAGCGUUUGAUUCGCCUCUCAAGYCUGCUGAAAAGGCAAUAGAGAGGAAACCAUCUGUGAGAAGGGAUAUGAGACGAGUUGUACGGCAGAGCAAAUUCCGUCACGUCUUUGGCCAGGCGGUGAAAAAUGACCAGUGCUACGAUGACAUUCGAGUUUCAAGGGUCACAUGGGACAGCGCCUUCUGUGCUGUCAACCCCAAGUUUGUUGCCAUAAUUAUUGAGGCAAGUGGUGGUGGAGCUUUCCUCGUUCUCCCUCUUCAGAAGACGGGACGCAUUGACAAAUCCUACCCAACAGUAUGUGGUCACACAGGCCCUGUGUUAGACAUUGACUGGUGCCCCCACAAUGAUCAGGUCAUUGCCAGCGGCUCUGAGGACUGCACAGUGAUGGUAUGGCAGAUUCCUGAGAAUGGCCUCGUCACUUCCAUGUCUGAGCCAGUGGUGGUUCUGGAGGGCCACUCUAAGCGCGUGGGCAUCAUCACGUGGCAUCCGACUGCACGCAACGUUCUCCUCAGUGCAGGUUGUGACAACCAGAUCAUCGUCUGGAACGUGGGCACAGGCGAGGCUAUGAUCAAUCUAGAGGACAUGCACCCUGAUGUCAUUUACAACGUCAGCUGGAACCGCAACGGCAGCCUCAUCUGCACCUCCUGCAAGGACAAGUCCAUCCGAGUCAUCGACCCCCGCAAGGAGACGAUUGUUGCUGAGAAGGAGAAGGCGCAUGAAGGAGCUCGACCCAUGAGGGCCAUUUUUCUUUCUGACGGCAACAUCCUGACCACUGGUUUCAGUCGUAUGAGUGAGAGRCAGCUGGCUCUGUGGGACAUGCAAAACAUGGAGGACCCCAUGACUGUUAAUGAGAUGGACACCAGCAAUGGAGUGCUUUUGCCCUUCUAUGAUCCUGACACCAACAUUGUUUACCUCUGUGGRAAGGGUGACAGCAGCAUCCGYUACUUUGAAAUCACGGAGGAGGCUCCAUACGUUCACUUUCUCAACACCUUUGUCACCAAGGAGCCUCAGAGGGGAAUGGGCUACAUGCCCAAGAGGGGCCUCGAUGUGAACAAGUGUGAAAUCGCACGGUUCUACAAACUGCAUGAAAGAAAGUGUGAGCCCAUUGUGAUGACUGUACCCAGAAAGUCGGACCUGUUCCAGGAUGACUUGUACCCGGACACCGCUGGACCAGACCCAAGCCUGGAGGCUGAGGACUGGUUUGAGGGCAAGAACGGAGACCCCAUCCUGAUUUCCCUGAAGAACGGCUACGUCCCGGGCAAGAACCGGGAAUUCAAGGUGGUCAAGAAGAACAUUUUGGACAGCAAGGUCACCAAGAAGAAAGAUACCUCGAGCCAUGCCAACAGGUCUUCCUCCCCAACUCCAGCAAUCAAAUCUGAAGUGAAGAUGGAGGAGAUCUUGAAAGAAAUCAGAUCCCUCAAGGACCUGAUCAGCAGUCAGGAGAAGCGAAUCAUCAAACUUGAAGAGCAAAUGUCCAAAGUUGCCCUUUAAGAGCCCCGUGCCCCGACCCGCUACAAUUCAGGACGUUCCAUUGGCUGGGGAUUGGGCGGGAACAGUCACUGCCUAUCUCAAUGACAGUGUUUGGACUGAGUCCUGCCGAACAACAACCCCUAGCAACAUUCCAGAUGAACUUUUGUUCUUAGCCAGCCCCCAACCCUCAGUUAACACAGGUGGAAUAAGAAGGAUGUGGUAAAUUUAGCAGAAAGUUCUUUAGUGAUUUGGUGACAAAGGACUUAAUUCCUUUUAUUCUGUGGCGGUCUUAUUUUUGCCUAGUCGGAUGAAAAGGUCUUAAUUCUUAUUUUAGAACGACCCAUAAAAAAUCAACCAACCAUUCCAACUUUCCUGUGAUAUGUCUGUUUUUAAAGCAGGUUGUCAGUGUUUUGUGUCCCAAAUGAAACUGUUGCCAAAUCUAAAUUUUGUUUACCUCUCUAACAGUAUUUUGUUUUCUUCCACUCCAUAAAACUSUUCAAAAUGCAAACUGUAAAACUUGAUGUUAUAGACUGUUCAUGUAAGGAGGGGUACUUCAUCACCUAGGUGCUAAAAUUAUCCCAUUAAAUUUAGCAUCAAAUAUUGACCAUGAAUAUUCAAACUUAACAAAAACAUUCCAAACAUUUAAACUYAUAAAACCUGCUGUCUGUAUUGAAGCUGGACAAACUGAUUUUUGACUUUUUUAUUUUUUCUUGUUUCUCGUGACGUUGCAAUUAUAUAAAAAAAACAGUGAUCUCAUUGGCUGUUCCUGGUUAUAAGGAGAGAAACUCCAACCUUCUCUUCCUGUAAACACUGCUGUAGUGACUCAGACUCUGGCUGCUUGGUUGAUGUCCAAAUCUGCUGCACAUGAGGGGAAAAAAAAACAAUUUGAGGAUUUUUGUUUUUGCGGAAAAGCUGUUUUUUUCCCCGUGCAGUCUUCCAAUAUCAGUGUUUUUUGUACAUGGUGGUCUUUAGUAUUUUCUUUUCACUGUUUGCUUAAGUUGCCAACUCCWAUCUUCCAUAUGGGAAAGCAAAUUUCAUCAUUAAUCACAUAUCGUUUUGGACCAUCUGCUGAUAAAGCUGGAUUUUACUACAGUCAUGGUACAYGAUGGACCUUAAAGGCCAAAGACUGUGAUUAUUUAAUCUUCAAGUCUUUGGCCUUUAGGUUCCUGUCACUUUGAAUGUUCUGUGUUUUUGUUUAUCCAAGAGGUUCUGAAGUUUUAAGACCCGUCUCUGAUCUGGAAGAAACGAACUAGCUGAGAUGCCACUCCCCUGUUAAUUUUAACCUGUUUCUUGUUCCAACUGUGCUUAUCCCUCUAAGCACUUCCACUUUUUUAGUUAUUUCUGUUUUCCCCUAUUGUCCCCAUAUAAAUACAAUUAUUACAAAUCCACAAACCAUCAAAAUCUCUAAUCUGCUCCAAUAAAAAGCUCUAUAUUUUUGAUGUUUUAGAUUUGUUUCCCAGUGGGAAGCUGAGACGGGUAAUGGUUCAGUCUGUUGUUUGCCUUUUGCUAAUUGUCAACACUGUAAAGACCUGAAAGUGCCAUAGAGGAAACCCUGGAAGUGUGUAGUGGAAGACUGUUCUGUGAGGAGUUUUUAGAAUGAGAGGAGGAAYUGAGAGGUUGUCUGGACUGAAAAACCACUUUGAGGUGCUAUAAGUUGUACUAACACCCUGCUCCAUGAGUGCUGGAUGAUUGAUUUCCUGCCAGUCCAACCGACUCUACACCGGCACGUUAGGAGCAGUGAGCCGCUGACAUUUUCCAUCUUGGUACAGGUUGUUCAAAACAUCUUUUAAAAUACAUUUAACACCAUUGACUCCUCAGCCUUGAAUGUCAGUGAGACUUCAGAAACUGAACAGUUAGCUGAAGAAUAUGGUGGUUUAAAACAAUCUCUGCCACACUAGAUUUUUUUAUAGCACUGUCUGCACAGAACCUUAGGGUAGUAUCCAAAAGUAAUCCAAAGGGACUGAGUAGGUUGAAUAAAUGUUCGGUUGAAUGGUAGAUGUACGUUUGUAACUGAGGUCUAGAAAAAUGAAUGAAAGCUGUGUAAAUAUCAUGAUCAGAAACCUCUUUUUUUAAACUCUGUUUCGUGGUUGUGCUGAAGAGGGUAUUUGUGUGGGUGGUGGGUUUUUAAUGUUUUCCCCCUCGUUUGUGUUCCUUGCACCUUGCCAAUAUGAAAAAAAAAAAAACAACAAAAAACGCAGAACCUCGGUUCCACAUUAAAAUCAGAGAAAUGAGACAAAACCCAACCAGGAGCCUGGUUGAGGUCUGCUCAGCAUUUUUUUUUUCAUUAUUCUUGCUUCAAGUAUCAAACAUUGAUUAUAAGGAAAUUAAUAAAGAAUUUUUAAAAUGUU